AUGCAUGGCUCUUUAAUAUAUGUGUGCCUUCUAAUCAGUCUAUUUUACUUUUCGGAAGGUAAGCCGUGCCCUGAAAAGUCGCGUCGCCACAAGACCCGCUGCGAUGCCUAUUAUAAAUGCCGCGAUCUGCCCUCGAACUCGCACGUCUGGAUUCCCACCAAGUGCAAUGAGGGACUCGUAUACGAGCACAAUGUGGGCAGCUGUGUGCUGCCCGGCGAAGACUGGGAAUGCAUCACCCCAAGCGAACUGGAAAGCACAUCCAACAGUCUCCCGGGCAAGGACGCCGACAUAAUCAUCGUUAACACCGAAGACGAAUCUGGACUUUUGCUCAAGGAGUCCUCACACUUGCAGGACGACGAUAAAAGCGUGGACAUCGUGCUGGACGCCACCAUCAGCAGCGAGGAGAGUGAAGACAAGAAAAGUCCAGCUCUGCCCGCGCAGCAGGCUAGUGAGUAUGAAAGCUCCUCUUCCAGCCAAUUCGAUUCCAGUGGCGACGGAGAACUUGUCGACCUGGAUGGUCAGCUGCAGGCAGCAACUCGCGAGGGUGAGGUGAAGAUCGGCCAUAACAGCAGUCAGUCUGCUCCUAUGGCUAUGUUCAUGGAACCAUCGUCGACAAACAGCGGCGAGCAUAUGACAUUUAAUAGCCAGCUGGGCUCACCCAUCGAUCCGAAUCUCACCGCGCAUCUGCAGCGUCUCUCCCAGCUUAUUGAUGGACUGCAGCAGAAGUACCAGAAGACGGAUAAGCCUCAGUUGGAAAUGCGCCCGGAUCAGUUGAAUGCCUUUUUGGCCCACUUUGAUUUAAAAAACCAUUUCGAUAUGAUCAAUCCUUUGGGCGGCCACAUGGAGACAACUGCUCCAACUACUACAAUGAAGCCAGCGGCUGCAUUGGCCAGCACCAUUGCGGAACAGCCUGUUCCCUUGCCCAGGCCAACGGUCAACAAGACUCUGCUGCAGGAACACUUGACCAAGCAUCGCAUGCAGCCGGAGACCAAACUGAUCCUGUCCAGCGCGCAGCCCUUCUCGUCGCAUGGCCAGGGCUAUGCAAACUCUCAAAUCGUGGUCAACCGUCCCGAGGGAUCGGUCACGUUUACACUGCCCCAGUAUGGCCAUGGCGCGGAGCAGACUCAGCAGAAUAGUCAAGCGCAGAGCCACGAGUACAACGAUCAUGAGCCCAAGGUCUCGGAGGAAACAUUGAAAACGGUGCUGGAGCUGUCCAAGCAGAUGAUUGCUGCCCAGAACCUGCCCAAAGUGCUGCCGAAUACCGCCUACAAUGGGGCCUUCUACGCGCCGCCCAUUCUACAGCCCGUUAUACUGACACCGCACGGUAAUCCCUUCCAGCAAUACUAUCCAAUGCAGAACUACGAGUCGCAGCCACCGCCGCCGCCGCCACGGACCCAUUAUGUGCAUCACAAAAAAGCGAGCGGAUACAACAAGAAGCAGCCGAGUACCACGAUCAUUCACAACAAUGUGAUCCCCGUGCAUGUGUCCAGCACCAGCUCUGGGGAAAAGGAAGUACUCGAUACCUAUGGCAACAGCUUGGGCGUCUAUCCCAGCCUCGACAACAAUCACAAAAACAAUCAACUGGACGAAAGCAACAGCAGCAAUAACUACUACAACAAAUUCAUGACCACGAUGACAACAGCACGACCCAGCUCCGGGAUGUCGGUCACGACGAUGAGCAGCCAGUACACGGGCCAAUAUGCGGCUCCAUAUGCAAGCGAGUUUGCACAGACGACGCCUCGUCCCUUCGAGGAGCAGCCGUCAGCGGCAACGGUGGCCUCCUACUACACGCCCAGUCCGCAUCUGGAUGAGAACAACGCGCAUCGGGUCUUCCAUGCGGAGAGCUACCCGACAUCCAUGGACAUUGGCAUGAAUAUGCCGCGCCCGAUGGAUGCGCAUAGCCCGUACCCAAUGCACAUUGAUCCGGAUCGAGUGAAAAUACGACCCAAUUCGCAUAAAAUCGAAAGCAUGGAAGCGGAGGCUGACGAUGCGAUUAACGCGAACUAUGUCAACAGCAAUGCGAAUAACAACCAGAACAAAAAUCGACACGUACUGACCUACAGCAGUGCCGGAUCGACGGACACUGGGAUGCUGGGCAUGAGCCAUCAAUUAGCACCUGGCUCGUAUGUGGAGCAGAACUAUGCGAUGCCCCAGAAUGUGGCGAAUGCGCAGCAGCAGCAACAUGAUUAUCAGGCCCCUUACAUGGCCAGCAUGAGCAACAGCGUCUACAGCGAUGCCGUCGGGAGCAACAUGUACAGCUCUGGAGGGGGCGCGGGAAUGGGAGCUGGCAAUGGCAUUCAGAUGAUGCCCGGCAAAAUGAAGUACCCGUCUGGGCUGGGCCAGCUGGUUAACUUCAACGGCAACUUCAUCAGCUUGGACGUGUUCCAGAAGUCGAUACUGCCAUUGAUAACCCAGUCUCCGUCCGCUUUGACGGAGCUGGGCAAAGUUGAGGUGAUCACAUGCCAGGCGGGCGUGCGGCAGCCCAACCAGACGGACUGCACACGCUAUUUUGUGUGCAGCAAAAAGGAUGGCAAAGUCUUGUCCUACUCCUGCCCACCCUACACGGGAUUCAACAAGCAAACGCGUAUCUGUGAUGCUGCCACCUAUGCCCAGUGCGGCAACAUGCCCAUCUUCAAUGGUUACUCCAUUGAGGAGAACCGGCGACAGCAGAUGGAGACGCUCAAGAUGCUGGCGGAGGCCAAGCGCCGGCAAGAGGCGACGCUCAAGAGUCAGAGCAUUGCCAAUAUACUAAAGCAAUACGGCAGCAUGCAGGAGCCGGCAGCUCCUGCAAUAUCUUCAGGCAUAGACCAAAGCCUAUUGGACUCGUACAUGGUCAGUCUGCCGGACCCCAGCAGCACGCCACGUCCCACGCCAGCCAUAGCCACAUUGCCGCCGAUCAGCAACAGCAGCGGAUCCGUCAAGAAGCGCAAGUACUACUGCCGAGAGGGCGAUAAGAUUCCCGACCAGACUUCGAUCAGCAGCUAUUUUGUCUGCUACAAGACCGCGCAGGGCCAGAUGAAGGGGCACAAGAUGACCUGCUCGAAAGGGCUGCUCUUCUGUCCGAGAACGUUAAUGUGCACCCUGGCCAGCAAGUGCUCGGGCUAG